CUAUGUUCAAAGAGUGCUGAUGGAGUAAAAAUUGUUGAUACCAAAGACAGGGAGAUUUAUACGAGAGAUAAUCAACAGCUGGUGUCGCUAAAUCAAGAUGGCCCAAUCCCUGGACACUAUAUGCAGGUGGAUGGCAGAGAUGUUCGCACAAAUGCAAUGAGCACCAACCAGAGAAGUAUGUUCUAACUUUGAUAGCUUUAACAAGAAGAGAUUUUAAAAGUGCCAUGACUGCAUUACUUGGGAAAAUUUUGUAUGAUAUUGGUUUCAAACAAAAGAAAGUGAUGUGUGUCCUGAAAAUAAAACCUUGCCUGAUUGCCAACGAGGCAACUGAGCUAAAGAAGCGAGGUUGCCUCCAUGGUAGAUUCAUAACCUAGCGCAAUGUAGGCAAAAACCCUCAACUUCUGUGUAACCCUCUAAAAUUUGCAUUUUUGACCAUAUUUGGGUGUAUUUGGGCAGUGACACCAUGAUCAUGUAUUUACAACUCUUGGUUCGAAAUUGGGUGAUCCCGUGUGCAGCUGUUCAUUUUCUGUUUAAGAGGCCCUAAAAGGUGAGCAAGCGCUAGCUUUAAUACGAUUUCUAGUUUGAAAGGGCUAUAUAAUAGUGCUCUGGUUUGCUUUAUAAAUUGCAUUUGAAGCAGCAGCUAUCAAGGAAUAGGCUUUUACGCUCCAAUUUUGUUCAAAACCAGCUCGUUCUUCGCAGCUUGAUUUACCCCAUUGAGGUAGCGUGUUUGCUUCUUGACUCAGAAACAGGGUUUUCAGUAUUAUCCUUUCCUUUGUAAAUUGAAUUCUAUGCAGUAGUUAAUCAAGGAAUAGAGUUAUAUUCUCAAAAAGUUUAUCAGAACCAGCGUGCUCUUUGCAGUUUGAUUUACAUUAUCCCAGUCCUCACCUCCCGUGAGGAGUGCAACGCAUUUGAGGACCUUUUGUUUUUUAGAAGUUAUUUUUGCCUUUGGAGAGAUUUUUGUCAACCAGCAAGUCCUUCUGCAGCUCCAUUGACACUGAAGACAGCCCUAAACUACCAUGAGAAAUGCAAUGAAUUUGUGGACCGUUUGUUUUAAAGACCAUCAUUAUGAAUCAUUUUUCCUUUCGAGAGACUCUUUGUUCUGUGCCAACCACUCAUUAGAUCUUUGUGUUUUAUUCAAGUUUAUAUUUUUUGCACUUUUCACGCAUUUUGCUUAUACCAAUUUUUUCAUAUGUGUAUUACCAUGUGGAAUAUUUUUAUCCCUGAUGAUGCCGUUGAUCGGCGAAAGCUCGGAAUUUAAUUUUAAUUUUUAAUUUUAGCAGUCAAAGGCCUCACUUGAACUAUAUUUUACUUUCUAAUAUUUAUAGUUUUAAAUUUCCAUAAAAUGUAAGUGCUAACUUACACCAAUUUACCAACGAAGACAACAAAGCUUCAAGCAAUGUUGUUAUUUUUUAAUAGAAGUGAAAGCCUAGAAUGUACCCAAGUUUUUUUUCUAAAAUAAAGUGCCAUCCUUUUCUAUUGCAAAAUCCAUUGUAAAAUUAUGUAACAAAUUGUGAAGAUCUGGAUAUUAGGCACAUUCCACAAAAGAUAAACGAACUUGCCUCGUUGGCACUUGGUGAAAGGUACAUUGUACCCCUAGUUUUGUAAGUUGAAAAAACCGUGAAAAGGUCUAUAGCAAUAACUUAACAAGUACACACUCUUCUUUGUAUAAAACAGCUUAUUUCAAGACCCAUACAGUCAUGGAAUUUGAUGAAACAGGUGCUCCUCAUCAAGUUGUUAUGCUGGAAAACAAACACGAUGAGAAAGUUGUAGCCAUAAAUAAGGAUGCAGAUAAUGUCAUUGCCAAGGUACGUCACAUUACUUCAAUCAGUAUUCCAGUGACCAAGUGUAAUAAAAGUGUCAGAUUUAACCUGCACUUGAAAUGACUCAGUUUAAUUCUUGUAUAUAUUCAUACAACAACCAAAUUUUUUAUUCCUAUUGGUUCUGCAUUGAUAUAAAUUUAUAAGGUCUAGGAUCUGCACUGAAAAUCAGUGGUUAAUAGUAUUUUUUUUAUGUGGGAAUUUCUUCCACCCCUUGAAAUUUUACCCCAAAAAAGGUUUGAAGCUGGUGAAGCAGUGUUCUCUGUUCUCAACUGUCCUUGUUUUUUUUAUUAUUUUGUUUAUAUCACUUUGUUUUGUUUAGUUUUUUUUUUACCUGUUUUUCAAUGAAUCCUACUGAUUAAGGCAAUACUCCUCCCGGGAAGUUAAGCUUACAUGUAAGAUUUCUUAGACUGUUAAAAUGAGGUGGUCUUAAUCUGUACAAAGGACAUGCAUCUACAGCAGUGAUAAUGGGCAGUUGCAUUAUGUUAGUGGCCUGCAAACUAAAUUAAAAGUACUUAAUUGUACAUUUCUUUAUGAUAACUUGAUAACAAUUACUGGUUUUUACUUAAACUUGAAACAGGAGUUAUCCCGCCCUCCAAGCAGUUAUAACACCCUGGAAGAAGUCAAGGGAGAGCACCCAGAAGUGUUGUUCUACAAGGUGCCAAGAGAGGUAGGGAGUGUGUAUUUUUACUUCAAGUCCUACCUAAAAGACAAGCAGAGGAUCCUUGGAUUUGAUGAUAAUGGCAAUGCUUUGGACCCAACUCAAGUUCAGCCCGGCCAGGAGCAAAGUCUGUUCCAAAUGAUGUAA